AUGGGAAACGUCCUCGAAAUCUUUGCCAGUAUGAUGAACUUCGACUACGUGGUGGUAAGGCCACCUGACAGCCUGUGGGGCGCGCGGCUGAACAAUGGAUCCUGGUCGGGAAUGGUCGGCAUGCUCGAGAGAGAGGAAGUGGAGUUUGCACUUGGGCCGUUCACUAUCACGCCUCAGAGAGAGACAGUGGUCGAUUUCACGGUGGCAGUCCACAACGACAACAAAGCCAUACUAACCGUCAGACCAGGCCUUCAGAGCGACGUGUCGGGCUUCCUCAAGCCUUUCACAUUAGACGUGUGGUUGCUUUUCUUACUAAGCAUCUUAGCCAUUGGAACUACCAUGAGGAUGCUCACGUCUACAGAAGAUCGGAUAUUUGGAACCUUCACCAAGAAUCUGACGACCAAAACAGCAGCCUGGGUCUUUCAGACUCUUACGCAAGAGAGUUCAGAUUGGAUUCCCAAGAAUGAUGGUGGGCGACUGAUCGUAACUACUUGGUUGUUGGCGUCCUUGGUUUUCAUGUCAUCCUACAGUGGGAUUCUAACUGCAAUGCUGACUUUGCCUCGGGUUACCAUCCCUAUUGACUCUUUGGAGGACUUGGUGGCUCAGGAUGACCUACCCUGGCGUCUUGAGGCGGGUUCUAUGGCCACCAAGUUCCUUGAGGAAUCCGAGGAUCCGGUGAGACGCAAGGCGGCUGCCAUGAGCUCUGGCUACUUCAAGGACUGUUGGUCAUCUCGCCAAGCCAUUGCUAAUGGAGAAUUUGCUGGAAUAUGUGAUGAGACUACUAUGAAGAAGGCCAUGUCCUGGGACUUCAGCUGCCAGUUAGGUUAUCUUGGUGAGGCGGAGUGGCAAGGCCUCCUUCCCGAAAGCCUCCCAUUAACCCCAGGGGGCAUGGGUGCAGGAUCUGAGUAUGGUGAGCAGAUGUAUCAAGUUGAUCCACCAACAACUGACAUGGAUUCAGUUCCUGGCGUCGGAACAUGGGACCUGUUACUUGCACAAUCCGCGAUCGCUAACUCAGGUUAUAAGGCCACCUGGCUCGCUUCCCACAGGAUGACCCUGCCCAUUAGUAUUGACAUCAUAAAACAUUCCGGCAUAUUAUCGAAGUGGAUAGGAGAUCAGAUCACCAACACCAGCCAGUGUUUGCGGCCGCCAAGUGCCGACCGCACGGAGAGUAUCUCAGCGCUCAAUAUUGAGGCAUUCCUGGGGCCGCUCAGUGUUCUUCUGGCAGGCUGCGUCCUUGCCUUCCUGUCUUUCCUGAUGGAGCACAUACUUUUUAUCGCUCUCAACUAA